UGUAAAAAACAAAACAGAAGUAAUUUUCCCGGGUUUUAUGUUUAUUUCACAAUUUUGAUAAGAAUUUGUCCAAGAUUCCAUGAAAAGGCCUGUAGCCAUGAAUAAUGGCUUUGAAGAAUGGGGCGGUUAUAUGGACGCCAAAAUUACCAAACUGGAGGAACAGUUUAGUGCAGCCAGUAAUCCCUAUAAGAAAACUGAUAUAUUUGCGGGUAUAUCCAUAUUUGUCAAUGGCCACACCGAUCCGUCGGCCGAUGAACUUAAACGUAUUAUGAUGAUACAUGGAGGUAUUUUCCAUCAUUAUGAGAGGUCACACACUACUUACAUUAUCGCCUCCAAUUUACCCGAUGUUAAGGUUCGCAACAUGAAUACCAGCAAAAUUAUAAGUCCUCAGUGGGUGGUGGAUUGUAUAAAGGAAGAAAAAAUCAUAGAUUAUACUAAAUAUUUGUUGUAUACAAAUCAAAAGAAAUCCCAACCCAGUAUUAGUUUUAUUAUGAAGAAAAAAGAGGAGCCGAAUGUAAGUGUGAUAAGUAAUACAAAUGAGGUGGACAAGCAAUUGCAAGAUAAUUUGAAAAGUAUAAAUACUGGUUUACAAGAUUUAAAUGCUAAAAUGAGGCAAAGUUUACCUACAUCAGCGGAUAGCACAAUUUCAAAAAAAGAUGUUUCUUUAAAUGCUAGUUCUGCAAAUUCUUCGAAUGUGGCUCGUACAGCUGUUGAUCCCAAAUUUCUAAGUGAAUUUUAUAAUAAUUCACGUUUACAUCAUAUAGCCACUUUAGGUGCUGGAUUUAAACAAUAUGUUAGUGAGUUACGGGAACAGCAUGGCUCGAAUGGUUUCCCUGCAAGGCAGGACUUGAAAAAACGUUUACAAUUGAACAAUGUUGCUGAAGUUGAACCAUUCAAAAUGUCACGCCAGAAAUCUUGUGUCAUGCAUAUUGAUAUGGAUUGUUUUUUCGUUUCGGUUGGUUUGCGAACACAUCCCCAUUUAAAAGGCCAUCCGGUGGCUGUAACACAUUCUAAAGGUGGCUCGUCGGCCACCGAAGUACCCGUUCAUCCUAAUGCUGAUCGACAUGCCGAAAUGGAAUUAUUUGCCAAACGCUUUGAGCAACAUCUGCACAAUAACAUUCUCUCUGAUAAAGUGCGUGGUGGUUUCGAAAAUAAAAUGUCUCUAUCAGAAAUUGCAUGUGCAUCGUAUGAAGCUCGUGCCAAAGGUAUACGCAAUGGCAUGUUUGUGGGCCAAGCUCUGAAACUGUGUCCAGAACUUAAGACCAUACAAUAUGAUUUUGAGGGUUACAGGGAAGUGGCCUUUACCUUAUACAAUACUAUUGCCCAGUAUACUUUAAAUAUAGAAGCUGUUAGUUGCGAUGAAAUGUUUGUGGAUUUAACAGAAGUUUUAGAGGAGCUAAAGGUGGAUGUAAUGGAUUUCGUAAAGUCCAUACGAGAAGAAGUAAGGGAGAAAACACAGUGUCCUUGUUCGGCGGGUAUAGGAGCAAAUAAAUUACAAGCCAGAAUGGCCACCAAGAAAGCCAAACCCGAUGGCCAAUAUUAUUUACAAUGCGAAAAUGUGGAGGCGUAUAUGUCGGAAAUACCCAUACAAGAUUUGCCCGGAGUAGGCAGUAGUACGGCCUAUACUUUAAAAGAUGCCAAUCUAAUUACUUGUGGUGAUUUACAGAAAGCAACAUUGCCGCGUUUACAAAUGUUGUUGGGUAAAAAAUUCGGUGAAACUUUGUAUCAAUUUUGUCGGGGCAUUGAUCAAAGAGGUUUAACUUAUGGUCAAAUACGUAAAUCUGUUUCGGCAGAGGUCAAUUACGGCAUACGUUUCAAAACCUAUGCUGAAUUGGAAACCUUUCUCAAACAAUUGUGUGAAGAAGUGCACAAUCGCUUGAAGGAUAUUAAGAGAAAAACAAAAUGCGUUACUCUUAAACUAAUGGUAAGAGCCAAAGAAGCACCUGUUGAAACUUCAAAAUUCAUGGGUCACGGCGUGUGUGACCAUAUUACCAAAUCGGUGUCUUUAUCGGAGUUUACUAAUGAUUUAGAAACAAUAACACGUUGCAUAUUAACAACCAUGAAGGCUUUAAAUUUGCCACCUCAUGAACUGAGAGGCAUAGGAAUACAGUUAACGAAAUUAGAUGAUCCUACGGAACAGCAGGAAAAACCCAAAGAGAAUAUAAUAAAGAAUAUGUUUUCUAAGGUAAAGGAAAAACAAAAAGAAGCUAAAGCACAAGAUAAUAAAACAGAAGACAAAGUAUUUAAAGAGCCAGCAAUAAAAACUGACAUGUUGAAUAGCGAUCAACAGCGUAAUAAAAGUCCUGAAGCUAAGAAAAGUCCUGAUGCCAUGAAAACUGUAGGAACCAAACGGGGACGUCCAAAAGCUGCUGGCAGUAAUAAGGAGUCCAAAAUCAAGCCCAAUAUAAUGGGUAUGUUAAAAACGGCAGCAGCCAAACAGGCACAACAAAGUACAAAUAACAAUGAACAAGAUAUACCAGAGGAUAUAGAUCCUGAAGUAUUUAAUGCUUUACCUUUGGAUAUAAGAGAGGAAAUUCUAAGAGAAAGAAGAAAAGCAACUAAUAAGACGAACAAACCAGAUAUAGAUAAAAAACCAGCUGCGAAUAAAAACACAAAUCAAAGUUUAUUAAACGAAAGUGAUUUCUUACCCUCCACAUCAAAGGCUGCCCAACAAAAACGACACAAGAAGUUACAACAAAAAACUGAAACAAAUCAAGAGCAAACUAUGGAUGUUGAUCCAGAGUUUUUGGCCGCUCUACCACCUGAGUUGAGAGCUGAAAUUGAACAACAACUUCAAUUGCAAAAACAAUCUAGGGAACAUGAACAAAGUUAUAGACCAGUAACUCCCCCGCCCAGUGAUAAUCAUUAUACGGUAACAAAGCAGAAUAAUCAAAAUUCCUUAGCAGCAAGUGAUAUAAGUUCCGAUAAUAUUUUCACCCAAAACAAUUGUAUAGAAUUACUUUUGUCCUGGCUGCAAAGCUGUGAUGUACCUGAAAACUAUGAUGUAGACUUAAUGUGCUGCAAUGCUCGAGAAUUAGUAAGAGCGAAAGAGUUGGAUAAACUAUAUGAGUCUCUGUUGUAUUUGGGUCGCUUGAUAAAACAACAGAAAUAUUCCGAAAAUGAUUGUUGUUGGCAUUUGGCUUUUAAGAUGAUAUUGGAAGCAGUACAAAUGGAAAUGCUGGAAGUUUAUGAUGGCAGGAAGUUGUAUAUGCCAGUGAAAUUGAAAUGUGAUAAAUGUAAAUUUUAAAAAGGCAAUAAAAAUUAA